ACUGCGCUUGUAUAUGCGCUUGGUAUAACAAUUGUGCACACGAAGGUGUCGGCUGGGAUUAUAGGGACGCGGGCUUGUGCCAACACGCCAAAAAAUACAAACAAGUCAAUCAAGUAUUUAGUUUUCAUAGAAGUUGACCGAUUACAACAAUUAUCAGUUUUAGUCAUUCCAAAACAUAUCUGUCGACGGAACAAGACGUGGAACAAGUUUACUUAUAUGGAUAUGGACACAUUCACCUUUGCAGAUGUCAGCUUCACUUAUGAUGAUGAGAAAGAUACAAGUCUUGAAGAGCUUCGUGGUUCAUUACCAGUAUUCUCACCACUAAGAUUCACAGAGACAGAUAAACGCAUGCGCACGCCUCACGACACGCAUAGUACCAAGAGACCAAGACAAGCUGGUGGAAUCCAUAAAUCUUUAUCUUUUGGGGACCAUCCAGUUUAUCAACCUUCACCUUCAAAUGGUGUCAAGAAUGCAGUUAGUCUUCUGAUGGACGUCGACAAUGUCAUUGGUGACGGCACUGCAAUAUUCUCCUUACCUACAGUCAAGGGCAAGCACUCUGACCUGAAGAGUAUUGACAGUAAUACACUUGUUGGUCUACAGACAGGAUUAUAUCAGAAUACAGUCAGUGGUUACCAGAUAAUAGAUUGCCGCUAUCCAUACGAGUACAAUGGUGGCCAUAUCAAGGGAGCCCAUAAUAUCUACAAAGAGGAUGACAUCUUACAACUCUUACAAGCAUAUCAACCAAACACACAACGAGACAUACUCAUUUUCCACUGUGAGUUUUCUUCAGAAAGAGCACCUAAAUUAUGCCGCUUACUCAGGAACAAAGACCGAGAGCUUAACAGUGACAAGUAUCCAUUUCUGACUUUCCCAGAGUUGUAUAUUCUAGAUGGUGGUUACAAGAGUUUCUACUACAGCAAUAAGUCAUACUGUGAACCAAUCAACUACGUUCCUAUGCUUCACCAGGACCAUGCAGCAGACGUACGACACUUCCGGUCUAAGUCCAAGUCUUGGACAGCUGGCGAGAAAAGGAAAAGUCCACAACGGUUAUUGUUCUAAAUUAUGUCUAUAUAGCAGUCAAUACCUCAACAUUUACAAAGGACCUGUUGUUGGAAUAAUUGGGUUAUAGAAACAGCGAACUCGUUUCGAGUUUUAAGAUGUGUAAAAAGUUUACAAAUAUUUAUUUUAUUUGAAUAGUUAAAGUGUUUUAGUGCUGGUCACAACAAAUUGCAUGUUGUUUAAAGUUAGUGCUCUAUGUUUGUUCUGAAUGCAUAUACGAUUUUUAAACUCUGCAGACAAAAAGAGGAGUUUUAUUUGUUUUACAUUUUUUAUCUUGUAUACAUGUAUGUUUCUGACAUUUCUUUCUUUCUGUAAACAUUUCAAC